UCCAAAGCUUGGAGCGAAGCCAAUCUGCACACGCAGCUCCUGGGAGAGAGGCUGGAGGAGCUAAUUACCGUGGGGGGGUUAAUUGCACCCCGUGCCAGAAAGCGGAAGGGUCGCUCCGGGAUCGGGGAGGCUGCGGGCGACCGCGGAGAGAGAGCUGGGAGCCGAGGGAGCGGCGAAGGUUUGGGGUUAGAGGCUGGCUCCACACAAAGGAGCGAGCGGCUGGAAGCCGGUUCGACGCCGAGAGCCAAUCGCUGCUGCGGCCCCGCGAUAAAAGGGCUCGGAGCCGGCGCUGCGAGCGCAGGAAGCGGCUCCGCUCCACGGCCGCGGCCUCUGCGGCGGGACACCGGGCGGCAGAGCCCCGGGCACGGCUCGGCACGGCACGGCACGGCACAGCUCGGCACGGCCCCGCCCUGCCUGCGGACCCUCCUGCUCGGCGGUGCUGCAAGAGGUCUGUCUUUGACACUUCCGCAGGCAGCAUCGACCCACGGACUCGGAGCUCAGGAUUAAAUAGACAGAGAGGGGAAAGGAAGCAUGUUCCAGGCCACGGGAGCCGCCAGCCCAGCCCCAGCUCAUGAGGCCAAAAGCAGCUCAGGAGGCAGCACAGUGCAGCGCUCCAAGUCCUUCAGCCUGAAGGCACAGGUGAAGGAGAUGUGCACUGCCUGCCAGAAAACCGUGUAUCCCAUGGAGCGGCUGGUGGCCGAUAAAUUCGUCUUCCACAACUCCUGCUUCUGCUGCAAGCACUGCCACACCAAGCUCAGCCUGGGCAGCUACGCUGCGCUCCACGGGGAAUUCUACUGCAAGCCCCACUUCCAGCAGCUCUUCAAGAGUAAAGGCAACUACGAUGAAGGCUUCGGGCGCAAGCAGCACAAGGAGCUGUGGGUGCACAAGGAGGUGGAGAGCGGGACCAAGUCGGCGUGAGCGGGGCCAGCCCCGCUCCCGGAGCCCCGCGGAGCCGGAGGAGCUGAGCUGGGCUAACUGAGCUGAUGUAGAGCAGGACCUGGGGCAGGGGAGAGGGGGAGCCCCCUCUUUGGAGGGUGCUCAGAGGGGUCCUGCAGGCCGUAAGGACAGGGCAGAGGUGACCAGGGUGCAGCCCCCCCAGACCUGAAGCCCUCUCUCUGCAGGCCCCUCUCCCCAGUGAGAUCAGAGCAGAAGCAACUGCCCCCAUGGGACCCCCAGCCCUGUUGAUCCAUUUCAGGCCUGUCACCAUGGAAAAGGGAUGAGCUGGGGGGGCUUAUCCAGCUUGUGAGCCACUGCAGAGCUCCCGGCUCCGCCACACCAGCCCUGCACUGCUGGGGCUCUGGAUAAGGAGGGUCCUUGGUUUACAUCAGCUCAGUUCAGCUGGGAUGGUUCAGCCUUAAGGAUGUUGCCCUGCCACGGUUUAACAGUGUCUGUUUUUUAUAUUUGCCUUCCACUGGUACGUUCUGCGCUGGAGCCUCGCGGCAGCUUCACCUGCGCGCCUUUAUUUUUGUAAUACAAGGUUUCCCAGCCUUC